CAUACAGGUGCCUUGCUGUUAAAUGACAAAGAACUGCUUUUUAUUUCAUUGUCAACAGAGCAAUAAGAAUCAGGCCAUCCUAUGUGUGACAAAUAUCCUAAAAACUCGUCUCCCAGGACUGCCUAUUCAUGAUAUAUUUAUUUAUUUAUAAAUGAUCAAUUAGCAUGCUAAUUUCUAUUAUUCAUUUAUUCUUACAGUCUAUCCAUUCAAUACAUUUGGAAAGACAUUUGGAAUUCAAAACAGAUAUGGGUGUUUUAUUUCUUCGCUGUUGACAUGCGACACUUUUAGAGUUACGUAGGAAUAAUACGGUAUGAAAUGUGUCUCCCAUCUUGACUACGUAUUGACUUGUUUCCGGUUUGUAAACAAAUAUGACGUAAUCAGGAGGCUCGCGCUUUUUGGGCGCUGAAAGAACGGUGGGGUUCGUUACGUGCACCGGUCGACUAACUGUAAAGUAUUGCGAAACUCGCCGUUGAAAAUUUAACAUUGUCAGUUGAAAAGCAACAUUCCGAGCCUUUUGGGAUUACCGAGUGAGAGGAAGAUGUGGCGAAACCAAGUGUUCACACUACAGAGAAAACCGCGAGCCCCGUUAGUCUAGUCAACGGAAAGCAGAACUACCUCCUCGAAUCUUAUUCUACUCGCAUAGCAGGGACAAUCCGCAAAUGGAUCGUCAUUCCACGGACACAACGAAUCGGCCUGACGUCCCUGGCGAGUGCGGCCGAUUGACGCCGAUGCCCCUGUCCUGCAUGAGGCACUAGGUCAAUCAAGGUGUGGGAAGUGGAAGGUCACAGACUACAGGAGAUAAAGUUGGAAGGAUAACAGAGAGUCAACUGGGACGUGAAAGGAACACACCAGGUUUGGGAGGAAAAGGAGAAAACCGUCAAGCAUCAAGUUGGUGGCAAAGAUGAUGACAUCACACGGAAAACUGAGGAGGGAGAAGGGUAGUCUGGCCGAAUAUGAAUCUCAAAUGAAAGACUUGCGAGCACAACUGACUGACCAGAUCAAGAUUUUGGACUCCCAGGUAGAGGUGAAACAGCAGCAGCUCUCAGAUCUUUCUGAGUUUCUCCGCCGACGCGGCGACAUUGAGGCGGAAUACGCACGAGCCCUUGAUAAACUCACAGAGAGGUUCACACACAAGACCAAGAAGAAGGAGCAGUGGGGUCAGUCAGUGUGUCAAGUCUGGUCUGUUUUGCUGACUCAGACUCGUUUGGAAAGUCGUGAGCACUCAACGUUGGGUGACACCUGCUGCAACGCACUUACGCAGCGGUUAGCGCACAGUACCGAGGACACACACCGACUCCACAAAAGGAGCAAAGAGGUUGGAAUUCAGAUGCAGGAUGAGUUGCUUAAAGUCACUACUGAGCUGCAGACGGCUUUGAAGACAUACAAUCAGUACCACACUGACUGCCUGAUAGCUGAGGGCAAACUGAAGGAGGCUGAGCGAUUGGAAGAGCGACACACUGGCAAGUCUGCUGAGCUCGGCAUCGGCCAAUCAGGAGGGCAGAGGCGCAGCUCCGUUAAGAAGAUGGAGAGAUUAAUGGAGAAGAGGCAUGGCCGAGUGCAGGAGACCCAGCUCAAGUGCACUAAAGCUCGAAACGACUACCUGCUCAAUCUCGCUGCUGCCAAUGCGGCCAUGAACAAGUACUACCUGCAGGAUGUCAGCACUCUCAUUGACUGUUGUGACCUGGGUUUCCAUCCGUCUGUGGAGAGGGUAAUGAAGUGCUACCUGGCUAGUCGGUGGCGCAUCCAAAAGACAGAGGAGGCAGGGCUCAAGCAGCUGGAGGCCGCAGUAACGUCGCUGGACCAGGGCGGAGACAGAGAUGCCCUGCUGCAGCAGCAUGAUUCCGCCUUCUGCCUUCCGUUUAGGUUUAACUACCAUCCACAUGAGGGCGACCAGGUAUGUGAGGUGAGCGCGGAGAGUCAGGUUAGAUACGAGAUGGAGACGAGAUUUCAACAACUUCAGUCUCGGCUAGCUGCUGUCACUCUGGAGACAGAGGAGGUCAGUAAAACCCUCAAAGCGACACUCACAGCCCUGCUGGACUCCAUGUGUGACAGCGACUGCAACGCCGCCCCCGACGUGCCCAGCAGCCUAUUACACGAGGCCGCCGGAGCAGGCUCUGCCCCCAAACUUACCCUCGCCAAGCGUCGAGCAAAUCAGCAGGAGACCGAGACCUACUAUUUUACAAAAGUGAAGGAGUUUCUCACCAGUAGUUCUCUGACUUUCAAACUUCAAGCCAAACACGAUCUACUCCACGAUGCCAUACAGAAAGCUGAGGCCGUCAACACAGACCCCUCCAGAGCUCACUGCGCUCGCUCGGUGCGAGUUCGCAAGUCCAGACCCAUAUCCCAAUUUUGCCACACACUCUUCAGCACCGAUAUACUCUCCUACAUACAGAGCUCCGGCCAACAGAUCCCUGUGGUGGUUGAAAGCUGCAUCCGCUUCAUAAACCUUCACGGUCUCCACCAUGAAGGAAUAUUUAGAGUUCCUGGGUCACAAAGAGAAGUUAAUUUGAUCAAAGAUGCUUUUGAGAGAGGAGAAGACCCUCUGUCAGACAGUGAGUGUGACUUGGAUUCAGUGGCUGGGGUUUUGAAGCUUUAUUUCAGGGGCCUCGAGCCUCCCCUCUUCCCCUAUGAGAGCUACUUGGAGCUGCUGGAGUGUGUCCAAAUCGAAGGUAUGGUGGACAAAGCGGCACAAAUCAAAUCAAUUGUCUCUGCCUUCCCACGACCUCUACUCAUCAUAAUGCGAUACCUGUUCGCAUUCCUCAAUCACGUGACUCAGUACAGCGACGAGAACAUGAUGCAGUCCUACAACCUGGCCGUCUGCUUUGGCCCGAGCCUGCUGAGGGGAGUUGAUUCGGAUGAUGCCGUUGCUCAGCAGCCACAGGUCAAUGACCUUGUCAAAACCAUGAUCCUUCAGCAUGAUGUCAUAUUUCCCGGCCAGUCCGAAUUGCCAGGCCCGAUUUAUGAGAAGCACAUGACCCUUGAGCAGGAGUAUUGUGAACCAAUCACAGAGGAGGGAGAUGGAGAGGCUGAACAUCUACCAAGUGAGGAUGAGUGGGAGGCCGUGGCAAUGUUCGACUAUGUGGCGAGGUCACCAGCAGAGCUGUCGUUCAAGCAGGGAGAUCUCCUUACUCUUCAUAGCAAGGCCUCUUCUGAUUGGUGGAGGGGUGAAGCAGCAGGGGUCAAAGGUCUCAUCCCACACAAGUACAUCAGUGUCUUGGAAGGGUCAGAGAGAGGGAAAAGAGAAGAUGGAGGAGGUGGCAGCGGUGGCAGUACUGGAAAUUUGUCAACAGAAGAUCCUCAUACAGAAAACACUGUUCGGAUGCGGGUGAACAGCGAUGGUGCUUCGUUGCCCGGGCGACAGCGAGGAAGUGAUGGAAGCCCUGGUCAAAAGCCACCCGCCUCCCCAGCUGCACGUCACCUUCCAGUGUCUCAGGAGCGAAGACACACGCUGGACACUGUGAGACAGGCAGGGUUCAAACCUGUGGACAGACCUGCGUUUGUUCAGGCAGACAGGACAUCAGCUGACAAGGAGAUGAUCAGUCGCCAGAUGAACUCUGUGUUUAAGGAGCUCUUGUCUCGACAACCUUCCAUGCAGCCGCAAACUCUCGCAGCCGUGGCUCCCCCCGGUCCUCCUCCUUCUACCUCCUCCUCCUCUUCUUCCUCUCCACUCCCUCAAGUUGCCCCCACUGCCAGAAAAGUGGGCUUCGGUAUCCGAGGACGGGCCCUUUUCCGUCCGGUAGAGUGACGUACCCUAAAACUGGAUGGAUGAUUGAAAGUAUAGAUUUAAAGCUUGAGAAGGAAUACGGUGUCAUGCAUUCUGGGAAAAUCUUGAUUUAUUUUUAGGAUAAAUGUACAUAUUUACAUUUGUGCCAUCUCAUAGUGCCACACGGUGCUGUUUUGCAGUAUGUCUUGUGUGAUUUUUCAGCUGCUUUUGGUCUUCUUUUUUUCCAAAUAUGUAAAGACAGUUUUGGUCUCCCUUUUUCGAAAAUAAGGCGUGUGUUCUGUCUGUUAUGAAGGAAUAUUAGGGCCAUGCUGAAGAGAACAAAAUGGUAACAUGACAAAAAGCAAGCUUGAAAUUUUAUCAAAACAAAGUGAGACUACAGGAGUAAAAUGUGUGUUUACAGGCCCCACUCGUCAAUAAAUUUUUACAAAUCAGAUAUGUAAGUAAAGUACUGUAUACUCAAUGAAUUUUUUUAAGAGUGACUCUGAAUCUUCCCAGCUUUUAUUGUCAAGCAGAUCAGGUUUUCAUAAUCGUUGUAGUCAUUAUAAUGAUACUCAUAACGAUAAUAAUAAUAAUACAUGUAAUAUAUUUAUUUAAUAAUACUUAUGACUAAAGAGUUCAGAUUCAGCAACAAGUGCAUUUUUUUCCUGAAAUGUCAUAUUUCAAUGACAAUGCAUGGCACAAGCUUUUACAGGUCGAUUUUAAAAACAAACCUGAUGUGCUAGAACAUUUUUGAAAUCAGCCUUAAAAAUAUGUUUGGAGACACAUAAAGUCAUCUGAUUAAAAUUUGUUGUUGGCAAGCAUUAUUGAUAAUGGAAUAUGAUAACUUCAUUCACAUACAAUUAUGAGCCUUUGUCAUACAUUGGAAAGAAACCAACUUUAGAUGGUAAAAUAACUGUUUUCAAUAUAACACCUUUUGGUUUUUGGAAUAUGAUCUAUUUCUCAUAAAUCACAAUUUUAUUCUCAAAAUAUUGCCUGUUUACCUGUAAGUCUUUGACUCUAUUGUCGUAGCAGUAUUUUAUUUUAUUUUCAAGUAUGGCCCUGAUACUCCUUCCUUAUUUUCAGUGAUGUGAAUAGGCCUGUCACGAUAACAAAUUUUUCGAGACAAUAUAUUUUCCCCAAAACGAUCACGAUAAACAAUAGUGUUGUCGUGUCACGAAAAUUGGAUUACAUCAUUCUGACGUCCGUUUAAGUGCAUUUGUGACUAAAUUGAGAGUAGGCAAGAUCGUUAUUUCAUUACAGUAUUCAAAAUUUUUAAAUAUAUAUUUUGCUUACUGCCAAUCCGUUUGAAAUUUGUCAUCAAAAGUAGGUACCUUGGCUUAACAAAGGUUGUGUUCCCUCCAAUUUUAUCAUUAUUGAGCAAAAUAAAAGCCUGAAUUAAUAAAUGUCAAAUGCACCUCGUCUGCUAUGUUUGUAUGUAUCGCGACAAGCGAGCUGAAAGCUAUCUCGACGCACCAACAUUGGACAGAUACAGACUCGUUACGCACUUGAAACGGACACAGUAUCUGGUGCCGCUCGCCAAAUUUCUUUAAUUCCCAGUGGGUGUAACGAAUGUUCACAGAACCAAAAGUGCAUAAAGAAGCCAUUAAAUACUACAAAGAGCAAUGCGCAUGGUUGCGCCCGCUAGCAAUUAAUGCUACUUAACUAUUAUCAGCAAUACCAUACACCGUCGCGGCUCAUUAAUAAAUGAGAAAUAGACUUGGAUAUUCCGAUUAAGAAACAAUUUUUACAGAAAUGAACCAAAAAAAUUAAAUGGGUUUCAGAAGCUAUUCAAUCUUAGCGUUUAUCUAUAUGUAUAUUUCUGUGUGUGGGUGCUAAAUUAACAAGGUGACGAGCAGGUUGACUGACAGGCAACGAAGAAGCGCAUGUGAAUGUUCAUAACGUAUUCAAAUAAACACGCGUGCAAAUUGCCAUUUGUCGACUCCCAAAAAAUCCUAUCCUGUCCAUUUUUUGUCAUCGUGCGAUAAAUCGAUAUAGCCAUUAUCGUGACAGGCCUCGAUGUGAAACAAAUUGAUUGACAUGCUUCGUGUCAGCGAAAGACUGUCCUCUGGUGGCAAGUUUUGAAAAUGCAACUUCUGUUCAUUAUUGAAAGAGGGGGGAAAAAAAGCCAAUCUGCGGUUUGUGUCAAGAGUGCCUCUGUUAUUUUUACAAUUUCAUUUUUCUCUUAAUUUCAAGUCUUUUUACAAUAUAUGACAUGUAAAGGUGUUUCCAUUGACAUUGCUGUUUGUAGUUACGGAAUGUCACAAUAUGAAAUAGCAUGCAGUGAUUUGACAAACUUGUGAUGGAAAAAAAAACACAUUCCCUUUCAUAUGUGAUACAUGGCCGACGAGGCAAAAACUCAGGGCUUUGCAGAGUUAAGAUGGGCAGACUCAGGUUUGCCUUUGAAAGAAUUAAGUGGCUUUUCUUGGCUUCCUUCAAGCUGUGCAAAGAGCCAACACUGCCCUCAUGUCAGCGGAGAACUCAUGUGACUUCUUCUGGCUUUAACUGUGACUAUGGCAUCAAAGUUUAGCAAACUCACUCCGAACUACACUCAUGCACACAAAACAAAAUCCACACAUAUAUAUAUAUAUAUAGAGAGAGAGAGGGGGGGGGGCAUCCGGAGAACACGAGCAAGAGGUCGAUAAUGUUAUCUCCUUUGAUUCCACACAUUUGAGAUGGUUUUACAUAUAUUGCAUUCGUCUUCUGUUGUGUUUUCAUCGAAACAUAAAUGUAAUGCAGUUUCUUUGUUUUACAAAAUGAAGGUACCCUUUUAUUCAAAAUUGCUGUUUGAUAAUGUCACUAGAUUUAAAGUGUAAAAGUACAAUUAUAUGUGGCAAAAGAAACUAUGAUGACAUUAAAAGAUGAAACGAUGAUGACUUUUAA